UGGAACAACGCACAAUCGAUCUUCAACAAUGGCAAAUAAAGCUCUCGUCCUUCUAGCUGUGUUCUUCCUCGCCCAGGCCGCUCUGGGUGUGACCAUCAUCAGCAAGUCGCAGUGGGGAGGCCGUUCGGCCACCAGCAAGAAUACCCUGGCGUCGUCCCUGAGCUACGCUGUGAUCCACCAUACCGCUGGCAGCUACUGCACAACCCAAGCCGCUUGCCAGACCCAGCUGAAGAACAUCCAGGCCUAUCACAUGCACUCCCUCGGCUGGGCUGAUAUUGGCUACAACUUCCUGAUCGGCGGCGAUGGCAACGUGUACGAGGCUGGAACGUGGUGAAAUGGUGGUGCCCAUGCCACCAACUAAUAUUAAACGACACGACAAAGAGUGCGUGCGAGAGAGACAGAAAAUCAGUCUGAGCGUGACGUCGGGCGCUGCG